ACAGCUGGAGGCUCAGACUGUCCCCGGUCAGACUGCGAAGCUAACCCAGCCUAACGUGACAGGCGGGCGGGAUCCAGGCCAAACAGUCGUCUUCUCAACAUUCAGCUGACUUAAUGUCAGGGUUAUAGUAAAUAUGGAUUUCGACGCGUUGUUUAACGAAAGGACGUUCCAGUUUUCGGACUUCCAGGAGUUCACGUUUCUUCCUGGACAUCAGAAGUUGACUGAACGAGUGAGAAAGCGACUGUAUUAUGGCCUGGACAAAGAUGUGUCUUUAGAUGCCCUCUCAUGCCCUGUUACAGAUAUUGCCGUUGAAAUCUUCCAGAAGUCUGCCCCAAGCCCGAUACGAAAGCUCCAGAAGAAGUAUGCUGCCCACGUUUCCAGGGAGGCCUGCAUCUCUCCUUGUGCCAUGAUGCUCGCUCUAGUUUACAUAGAAAGGCUCCGACACAGAAACCCAGAAUACCUACAGAAGAUCUCCUCCUCUGACCUCUUCCUGAUCUCCAUGAUGGUUGCCAGCAAAUACCUUUACGAUGAAGGUGAAGAAGAAGAGGUUUUCAACGAUGAGUGGGGAGCAGCUGGGAAGCUGGAUGUCAAAACCAUCAACAACCUGGAGAUGAACUUCUUGAAUGCCAUUGAGUGGAGCCUCUUCACGGAGCCAAAUGACUUCUUUGAUAUUCUUAGUCAGCUUGAAACCAGCAUUGCGGAGCGGCAAGGGAUGAAGCGCGGCUGGUUCACCUACACUGAUCUUUGUGUCCUUCUGGAGCAGUCAGCCUGGAGCCAAGCGCUCACAGCGAUCUAUCAGCACUUUACUAAGGUCUCCUGCAUGCUCGGCCUCGUCUAUCUUACCAGCGUAGCCGGUCUUAUCGCUACCAGCGCUGUGCUUCAUCAACUCAGCCUCUCCAGAAGCGGCCAGUCCCUCCUUCCACCUCCACUCGAGAUUAGCCCCACCCACCUCGACACCUCCAACCUGAACUCAGACGCUCCCUCUGCAGCCCAGCGCCCGCCUUGUUGUGUUCUGGCCAAUAAGAGUGUAAACCGGCAGACUGGUAGCAUCAACCAGCAGCACACUCCCUCCAAUCCCCCCUCUGCUUCCUCGCAGACGUCGUUAUUGUGUCUCUGGGGCUCUCUCCUCGCCUCCAUUGGUCACACACAUCCUGACAUUAAUUCUGACAUGGACUCGGCCCAGACCUGGUCGCCUGUCUCUUACCUCUGCCCCGGCUGCCUCGCAUCUCUCCCUCCUCUUCAGUGCGGACUCAGAAACACCUCCACUCUCUCCGCUCGCGGCCCCUUCGGUAACAAUCAGCAUCAUGCACCAUGGCUCGCCUCAAGCUUUAUCGGAGGGGCAGAAACAAGUCUGAAUUCUCGCCUUGGGGUGUUUCCUCCUGUACAGCUGGGACCAUGUCACCCUGAGUCUGUGCUACCUGUCAACAAAGCCCAAGCUCUCCUUAUGCCCGGCUAGAGAUCAGCUAACUGUCCCGCUGUCUCCCUCUGAAAACAGACUCUGGAAAUUUAAACCAGCAUCAUUUUCAUGACUCCUCGGUCAUGUUUGUGUUACUUUUCCAAAUCUGGAUGACAGGUGGAAGUGGGAGAACGAAAGGCUUUAUUUGAGUCAUCACAGGGUUGAAAUUCACUUAAAAGUCACAACUCCAAAAUAGAUUUGCCAUAAGCAAAAUGCCAUAUUUUUCAGUAAAUGCUCUGCAGCUUGAGAAGAAGCGACUUGAAGAUGUUUUUCUUGGCUGCAACCUCAGACGUGUGUACUACAAAGCAAGGUUAACGGUCUAGUGAGGCCCUGAGACAGUUUUUUUUAUCAAGAAGGUGGCACUCUGGUAUGGUUUCUCAUGCUGCAAGCCUAAUCUUUUUGGGACAACAGUUAUAGAUUUAAUCAGCAGAGGACAUCACUUCCUUUUUCCUCUAGUUCUUCUCCUGACAGAAAUUCUUAACCAAUAAGAAUAUUGAAGCAAACGUGCAACCAUAAAGCGACCUUAGUAGAUUCCCCAGGGUGCAGAAAAAGCAUGCAAAUCCAGUUUGCAUCAUUCUGCCAAAGGAAUGGACAAGCAAUCAUUUAGUGAUGUCAGAUAUUUUCUAUUUCUUCUCCAUUCUGGCAGAUUUUUUUAUUUUAAAGGGAAAUAUUGCCCCCAGAACUGAUUCAUUGCAAUUCACAUCUACCAGUUAAAGUCCCCUACCUGCAGCUGUAUCAACCAACCAAUCAUGGUUGAUCUUAUUCCUCCUGCUCCGUUUUAUUCACAUUUUUCAAAAACCAAAAAUUCUCAACUUUUGAGCUUAUUGGAUGCACCAAACAAGUAUUGCUGGUUAUAUAAAAAAACAGAUAUUAGUUAUUGGAACUUCGAUAUUAUUGCGAUUUUAAACAUUUUGCAAUACAGUGACUAUUAUGAUACCAUAUAUUGCGAUCUAUACCAUUUUUUUCAACCGUUUAGCUAA